AUGGAAGUGACGCACUUGCUCGUUGUGUAUCUUCUCGUCGGUUUAAGCACACUGUUAGUGCACGCUGAAAAGAAUGCCGAAGUCGACGGAGUUACCGAGGCACCGAUUACCGAGGAUCAGCAGAAGGUGUACGAUGAAUGCCGGAAUCCGGACUACAAAAAAUACGUAAAGUGUUUAAUGAGGCCGAAGAGACACGGUCAUCACACAAACCACGGAGACGGGCCGGAAACUGAUCCCACUCACUGUCUGGAAACGUGUCUAAAAAAGUGCGACCAUCACUUGGAUCACGAGUGCGAAAAAAAAUGCGGCUAUUGCAUGAAAAGAACCAGGCACAGGCAUCAGAUCAUUACGGAAUAUGAGACGGAAUGCGAUUCGGGAAACUGCAGUCCAUCCAGUGGCGGGUUAAGGACUACUAAUAUAACAACGCACAUCGGCAUUAAUAAUAUCAUUAACCCUUUCGGGGGAGGCGGUGCUAAUGGUAGUAGAGUCAAUAUUUUUGGAAAUGGCACUGGGUGGGGUCCAGGUGGUCCAGGAUUUCCAGGAGGCUGCUGUCCACCCGGAAGUCCUUGCCAACCAGGUAGCCCCCCCUGUUACCCUGGAAUCCCUGGAUCAAUACCAUCGCUUCCUAUAGUACCUCAAAUUUCGUUAGUACCACAAAUUACGUAUGGAGUAGGAUUUGGAGCUGCAGGUGGUUGCGCGUAUAACCAGUGGCUUUGUAUUCAACAAACCGGCGCACAGUUUCCAAGUGGGCAGCCCGAUUGCUCUGGAUGCGGCAAUCCUCUCUUACGCUACAAGUGUGACGUAAAUUGUUACGCAACUCAGAACACAGCUACUAAAUCACCUUGUAGAAGUCCGGAAUGCGUUGGUGGUUCCACGUAGAAAUAUAUCGGAUUUGUUGAAAGCGGACUG